AUGCUUGACAGAAAGCAGUUCGACAAGGACCACUUGGAAAAGAGUUUACCCCAAAUGAAGCCUUUCAACAUAACCUACCGCGGCCAAAAGAUUGAGCGCAUAACCAAUGUGUGGCUAGAUAUCCACGGUAAAGAACAAUUCGUGCAGAAUAUCGCCAUGUACACAGACGAAAAGACAAAUGUCCCCGCCAUUAGAAAGCAGAAAGGUCCUGCAUUGAUCUAUAUCUCGGCGGGGGCGUGGUUCAGCCAUCCGGAUGUCAUAACGAAUCUUGGAGAGAAUGCGACAGAUCCUUGGGAAGAUCGUUUCGAACUUUACAAGAACCAUGUGAUGAGCCUGAACAACUUGAUCGGCGACAAUACUCCAGAACACGACCCCUUUACGGCCCCCAUGGAUCCCUACGACGGUUUUGGGAACCAGAUCCUCUACGCUCCACCCGCGGGACCUCGGUACUUGGGCGAUGAACCUGUUAGGAAGAAGGACCGAAGUCGAAGAGCCGAUGAAGUUAUUGAGAUACAGCAGUGGCUUCACGAUAACGAGGACAAAAUGAGCAUCCCUCUCAUGUGGUCGAUCCCAGGACUUGUUGUUGGCCAGGACAGAAUAUGGAAAGACCCUCUCAAAACUGGCUUCCACGUCAAGUUCCACGUCGCCCAGUUACGAGCCGACAUCCUCUUCAACAUGCGAUGCAACGCCAAGCUCGACAGAAUGAAGUCUUAUCCCUACUCGCGCACUUGCUGUACCGACUACGGCAUCAAACCAUUUACGCAGCUUGCGGUCGUCUACUUGGGUAUCAUGUACUUGAUGGUCUGCAUAUUGUGUGAGGGUUUGAAUCUCGUUGCCGCGCGCCCGCGUGAUGAGCCUCGCUGGAGAAUGUUCAACAUGAGAGCUGGUUGCUUUGUGUUGGCGUUGCUUAUGUGCUACUACGCCGACCGAACGCAGAUGAUGGCCAAGGGAAGUAAGCUCUGGCAGAUGAAGGACUUUGUCACACUUUCUCUCACCUGGAUCGCAGUUUUCAUCUUUACGAUCAGACGAUCCGAUUCCGUUGAGGACUCAAGCUCGAAACACUUUGACAAAGACUUGCCUUUGCGGUCGCGAUCAGAUUCUGUUCGAGAUUCAGCAGACCAGCCUUUUCUGACACAAUCGGAUUCUUUUCAGGACUCAACAAACCAAUCCUUCCUGUCGCGAGAUCAGAUGGAUGAGUGGAAGGGGUGGAUGCAAUGCCUUAUCUUGACAUACCACUGGACUGGAGCCAAGGACAGUUCAAUCGACACCUUGUUCUAUCUCUGCGUUUGUGGCUAUCUCUUCCAAGUAGGCUACGGACAUACCCUCUACCACAUGAGCAAGGACGACUUCUCUUUCAACCAUGUCGCGGCAACCCUUCUCCGAUUGAAUAUCCUGCCAUGCUUCCUGGCCUACUUCAUGGAUACCGAUUAUAUGUUUUAUUAUAUCUCGCCACUUCUAUCCUUCUGGUUUCUUGUUGUGUAUGCGACCAUGUCAAUCAAUGGGAAGCGCAACGAUGAUGGACAGUUCUUGUUAGUCAAGAUUUGUAUGUCCUGUAUGCUCGUGUCAACCAUACUACUCUCAACGCCAUUCACACGCUGGACCUUACACCUACUGAAAACGAUCUUCAAGAUACAGUGGAACGACAGGGAGUGGCAACACCAUCUCGCAAUGAACGCGUUCAUUGUGUACAUCGGCAUGCUGGCUGCUAUUGCACACCGCGAGAUGAAGAAUGCCAAAGUCUCCAUUCAUCGGGGUCUUCGCAUGAUUCUUGCUUCGGGGGGUCUACUCGCCAUCUUCCAUUAUCUGUCUGUCGCUACAACUCUUGGUAACGAUGCUUAUGAGAAAUGGCAUCCCUACCUCUCUGCCAUUCCGAUCCUGGCAUUCCUUGCUCUGCGCAACGUCUCAACAUGGUCGCGAAACCAUCAUUCCAAAGCCAUGGCUUGGCUGGGCCGCUGCUAUCUCGAAACAUACAUUCUCCAAACUCACAUCCUUCUUUCAGCCGACAACAAUGGAAUCCUCAUCGUGGACGGUCUUUUCGGUGACGGUACACUUUUGGGCGAUCGAUGGCGGACUCUGAUUGUCAUUGUGCCGAUCUUCCUAUGGAUCUGUCACGCAGUAGCUGACUCAACAGCUCAUAUUGUCAAGAUGAUCCUCCAAGAAAGUGCAUCGAGCGAAAAGACUAGGUGGCUGGGCAGAAUACCAGGAUACUCAAACAUUACGACACCUCAGAUUCGUAUUGUUUGCAUUCUUCUGGUUAUGUGGUCUCUCAAUUUGAUGACGCCUGGACACGAAAUACCAGCUGCGCCGGAUGGAAUACACGAGGUGUCUAUAGUCAAGAACUUCCCAAAGCAGAGACCUUCUUUCGUCCCGUUCAAUGGCACUACUUGGUAG